GCCGGGCUGGGAGUGGGAACAGCGUGCUGCUCCCUCGGGCGGACACAGCUCGUUCCCCUCGCCGGGAACCGCCUGGGAGCGCGCGGCGCUGACCGAGAGGGGCUCGCCUGCCCCGCGAGCGGCAGGAAUGUGACCCUUGAGUGCCGGCACCGGAGCACCCCUCGCGCGGCUCCCAGGGCUCCGGUGGCUCCCGGUCUGGGCGGGUUUGGCUCGGAGCUGCUAGAUCUCUGCGCACCCCCACUGGGGCACCCGGGCAAGCCCAGGUAGACACGCCCCUUAAAGAUGCUCUCUCCCUCCUGAGAAGUAGGACCACUCACAUAGGAAGCAGCCUUCUUCGAGGAGAAUAUGAGAGUGCUACUUGGGCUCCUUUGCUCCAUUGUCCCUCUACUUUCACUGGAGACCGAUGAAUGUAAAGAAUAUCCAAAUCAGAUCAUUUUAUUUUCAUCUGUAAAUGAAAUUGAUAUUCGUGAUUGUCCUCUUACUCCGAAUGAAAAGCAUGGCACCAUAAUCUGGUAUAAAAAUGACGGCAAGACACCCAUAUCAGUGGACCAGGACUCCAGGAUUCAUCAGCGAAAUGAACGGCUUUGGUUUGUUCCUGCCAAGAUUGAGGACUCGGGACAUUACUAUUGUAUAGUAAGAAACUCAACUCACUGCCUCAAAACUAAAAUAAAUGUGGAGGUUUUGGAGAAUGAGCCUGGCCUGUGUUAUAACACACAAGCUACCUUCCCCCAGCGUCUCCACAUUGCAGGGGAUGGAAGUCUUGUGUGCCCUUACUUGGAUUUUUUUAAAGAUGAAAAGAAUGAGUUGCCCAAAGUUCAGUGGUAUAAGAAUUGUGAACCACUGCUUCUUGACAACAUAAACUUCAUUGGAAGCAAAAAUAAACUGAUGGUGAAGAAUGUGACUGAAGAGCAUGGAGGGAACUAUACUUGCUAUGUGUCCUACACAUACCUGGGGAAGCAAUAUCCAGUCACCCGAGUGAUACAGUUUGUCACAAUAGGUGAGAGCAAGAGCGACAGGCCUGUGAUAGUGAGCCCACGGAAUGAGACCAUGGAGGCAGACCCAGGAUCCAUGAUACAACUCAUCUGCAAUGUCACAGGCCAGUUAUCGGAUCUUGUCUACUGGAAGUGGAAUGGAUCAGAAAUUGAUGAUCCAGUCCUAGCUGAAGACUUCCAUCCCAUGAAACAUCCGUCAUCCAAAAGAAAGUAUACGCUCAUUACAACACUUAAUAUUUCAGUAGUCCAAAGUCGUUUUUAUCGGUAUCCAUUUAUCUGUUUUGUCAAGAACACAAAUAUUCUAGAGUCAGCACAUGUCAAAUUAAUAUAUCCAGUCCCUGAUUUCAAGAAUUACAUCAUUGGGACCUUUGUCAUCUUAACAGCUACAAUUGUAUGGUGUGUUUUCAUCUAUAAAAUCUUCAAGGUUGACAUUGUGCUUUGGUACAGGGAUUCUUGCUCUGAUUUCCUCCCCUCAAAAGCUUCCGACGGAAAGGCCUAUGAUGCCUAUAUUCUCUAUCCCAAGACUUUCGGAGAAGGAUCCUCCUCAAACUUAGAUACUUUUGUGUUUAAACUGUUGCCUGAGGUCUUGGAGGGACAGUUUGGAUAUAAGCUGUUCAUUUGUGGAAGGGACGACUAUGCUGGUGAAGAUACCAUCGAGGUUACUAAUGAAAAUGUAAAGAAAAGCAGGAGGCUGAUUAUCAUUUUAAUGAGAUAUAUGGGUGACUUCAGCUGGCUGGGUCACUCAUCUGAAGAGCAAAUAGCACUCUACAAUGCUCUCACCCGGGAAGGAAUUAAAAUUGUCCUGCUUGAGUUGGAGAACAUCCAAGACUAUGAGAAAAUGCCGGAAUCUAUUCAAUUCAUUAAGCGGAAACAAGGAGCUAUUCGCUGGUCAGGGGACUUUAAGGCGAGGCCACAGUCUGCAAAGACCAGGUUCUGGAAGAACGUGAGAUACCACAUGCCGGCCCAACGUCAGUCUCCGAUGUCCAGACACCAUUUACUAGGCCUGGACACCAAGGAGAAAAUGCAGGCAGAGACUCACUUACCUCUCGGCUAGCAUGACAGACGUGGACCAAGAACUUUGGGAUGCCUUCUGUCAUAGGAUGCUGCAGCUGGGCUGCGCCUCCCAGUUAUGUGUACUGUCAUGAACAUGCACCUCCAUAGUCCCUUAUCCCUGGGUCACCUGGAAUCAGAAUGUUAAGGGAAUAGGACUUGGUGACAAUAGUGGGCUAGGACAGUUCGGAUCGAGAGUUUGGGAAGCCCCAGGGCAAUGGAUGCUCAGGGAUGCGGCUCUGGAGGCUUACUCGCUGUUGAGGCAGUGAACUGGGAGGAUUUCAGGAAAUGGCCACAUCUGUGGGUGGUUUAAUCAAUUCUCUGCAGCCUUACAGUGGGAUUGUGGCUGUCUGAGGACACUUUGGGGGUCAUUGGCAAAGAAGUGGCUCUCCUAAGCCUCAAUGCAGGUGAGGUUUACUGACACCCCACAGUAGAAGGCAUAACUUCCUUGUACUUUCCAGACCCUUUGACCACCAAACUUAGUUUUCAAAGACUAAACUUUAUUUUAUAGACCUCGAAAACUGUCAUUUCAAUGAAGAAGGAUUCUCUAGGGUUCCCUCCACUGCAGCCACCUUAUCUUUCUUGCAAAAGAGAGUGGGUUUUUAAAGUUAACGGUAGAAGGAAGCCACCCACAAGUUUCUUCUGUUCACACGUCCGCUCUGGAAGGACUGUUGCCUCGUCCUUAUUCUUGUGCAUUUUACUUAUUGCUUCUCUGGACCUGUAGCUCUGCAGUGCCGCCUCCCUCCACUCUGCCAUAAGCAUAGCCCGAGGAUUCACCCUUAUGCAUGAGACUGCUCUUACCUCACGCCCUGGUGCUACAGCACGUCUGCAGGCUCUUCAUGUGCAGAAGCUGAAGUCUGCACAGCAGUCCUCCCUGUCUUGUUCCCUGUCCCAGGCCUCUCCCGUCAGCCUGCUGGUCACCUUCCUGCUGUGUGACCACAGAGCAGCCUGUGGAGCCUUUAUGUCGGCUGGCUCUCAGCACACCUUCCGUCUUUGCCUUGCUCCCCACUUCCUGUGACUAGGAUCCACUCUUCAUUUUCUUCACCUGACAAGGAAUUUGCUAAAGUUCCAAGUUGAUUUCAAUGCUAGAAUCCUCAAGCUCCUGAUCUCUCCUUACUCUAAAUCUUGGCCACUCAAGCUGCCAAGCCCGUCUGUCAUGCCAACCAUGCCGCCUGCCCGUGGUCACUUUAGAAGGUGGUUUCUUUGCCAGCACGGAGAGCUAGUGGGGGUGUCUCCGUCCUUUAUUGCUUUCUGCAAUGUGAACAUGUGAUAUAGAUUUGCCAAGACCUUUAUUUUAAAAUGUUCUUGGAUAAAUUUUGCAGUUAUUCUAAUUUUAUACAUAGGUCAGAGAAACUGACCUAUUUACAGAAUUACUCUUUUAACUCUACUGUAACUAGACCUUGAACUUGAACUUUCUGGCUUCUGUCCCUGUGCUCCAACUUUUUGAUUUCAGGUCCAUCACUGUCUGCUUACCCUUACCUCAAUCUUCAUGGGAGAAGAUGUGAGUGUUUUAUAGGAAGCAGUUGAGUCCAGGAAUGUUUUUACUGAAGGAACAAACACAGUUCUUUUCAGUGACGGAAUUUAUAAAAACUAACUUUAGAAUUUUCAGCAUGAUGUUUUUAUUUCCCAAUACUUUCCCCCUGAAGGUCAACGUUUCUUCUCUAACUGCAAAUGAAAGCCAAUUGGUUUUUGUGGUACAGAAGUUUUCUGUUUGUUUGUUUUUAACUUGAUGACUGUCUUCAGAAUAAUCCUAAUAGUUGUGGAAGAUUGCAAAGCCAGGUUCACAUGCCAAGAAGAAACCUACGGUUUUAAGGGUUGUAUGAAUAUGGGUACCCUUCUGUUUUUCAUGUUUUGAACAUCUGCUAUGGGUGAGCACAAACAUUAUUUAAAAGGCAUCUGCUCACCUACAUAGAGGUAGAGAAAAACACACACUUUGAGAUUCUGACUCUCACUUUCGACCUCUUUUCUCCUGGAUCCAACCUGCGAGCACUGAGUGGAUGGGUCACUGGAUUGCUGAGUCAGAGAAAGCAAGGCUGUCCCAGGUGGCAACCAGAAGUCUGCGCCUAACCCAUGAUGCUUUCUUUAAAAGUUUAAUUUUGCCGAUAAAUUUUUUUGCCUGUCAUCCAGAAAAUGCAUUGGCAUACGUGUAUAGUAUGAGUGAAUGAGAGCUAAUGGGAAACUUGGCCAGAAAGUAUGAGCGAGCAACAGCAGAGAACCACAAAUAGUGUGACACCAAGAACUGGGGGUGGGGUGGGGGGCAGAGGCAAGGGAUAAACCUGUGCCAAGAAAGACCCUGAACAGGAAGGUGGUGUCAUUCCUGGUCCCCUGGGGAGGGUGAAGAGGAUGAAACUUCACAUCCAGCAGUGGGGGCUUCCUUUGACUUAGCCCCCUCCUCCCCAGAAGUAUCUGGCUUAAGCUAUCUUUCAUGCUUUCCCCAUGACUCGGAUUUCACUGUGCUUUCUGAUGGUGUUUUUAAAAGACCAAGCAAGUGUCGCAGAAGUUUGCACAUGCAACGAUGUAUUUAAUUACCAGUGUUUAAAACUGGUUUAGCAGAAUGUAUAUUUUUCUCUCUCCUGCCUUUUGAAUUUUACUUAUAAUGAUAGAAAAAAUAUUGAGCCAUUUUAAUGACUUUUUUUAUAAAUUAUAUUUAUACUGAUCGAUAAUGAAGGGUGUUUUUUAUUAAAAAAAACCUCGGUUUUAUAAUUCUACAGCAGAUGCUAAAUAUUAUGUAUCACAAACCCCCAAAUUUAUGUAUAGUGUGUAUUAUGAAUCAAUAGACUCGACUUGUUUUCCAAUAAAUUGUUAAACCCUCUAAUGCUGUGGAUAUCUUUCUGUAUGCUGUGAAUAUGUGUUGUUCUGAUUGGUUGAUAAAUAAAGCUGUUUGGCCAAUGGUGAGGCAGAAUAAGGUUAGGUGGGA